AUGAGGUUAUAUGUUGCCGCCACCGCCCUCGCCAGCUUACUGGCGCCGGCUACUGCUGAUCAUACUGGACCACCAGUUGUCGAAAAGGGCAGGCCGGCUCAAAAGGAAAUCUCGCCUUCGCUCCAGGAGAUAAUAGCUACUCAAGCGAUUGCCAAGGUUUCCUCGCCGACUUCCGACGUUAAAGGAGUCGCAUUUGACCGGAUUGUCCAGAUAUGGCUCGAAAACACAAACUUCCAGGCGGCAGCUGGGGAUGAAAACUUCAAAUGGGUUGCUAGCCAAGGAAUCCUCCUUGAAAACUACUUUGCUGUGACGCAUCCCAGUCAGCCCAACUAUGCUGCCUCUAUAUCCGGUGACACCUUUGGGUUGGAAUCUGGUGACUUCUACCGCUUUCCCGAGAACAUCAGCACUGUGGUUGAUCUACUCGACACCAAAAAGAUCUCUUGGGGUGCUUAUCAGGAGGACAUGCCAUACGCCGGCUUCCAGGGUUUCAACUUUUCCAACCAGAAGACCUUUGCCAACGCGUACAUGCGCAAGCACAACCCCCUGAUUCUCUUUGACAACAUUGCCAACAACCCCGACCGUGCAUCUCAGAUCAAGAACUUUACCAGCUUUGAAGAGGAUCUGGAGAAGAAGCAAUUGCCACAAUGGUCCUUCAUAACCCCCAAUACCGACGACGGCCAUGACUCGAACUACAAAGUUGCCGCUCGUUGGACCAAGAGUUUCCUCGAGCCGCUGCUGAAGAAUGAGUACUUCAUGAACCGUACCCUCAUCAUUCUUACCUUUGACGAAAGCGAGGUCUACACCAUCCAGAACCGGGUCUUCACAGUCCUUAUGGGUGGAGCAGUCGACGAGAAGCUGCGUGGUACAAACGACUCCAUGUUCUAUAACCACUAUUCGACCCUCGCCACGGUUUCGGCCAACUGGGGCCUGCCUUCGUUGGGUCGCUGGGAUUGCGGAAGCAACAUCUUGUCCAUGGUUGCCAACAAGACCGGCUACAAGAACGUGAUGCCCGACCUACCAAAGCUGUUCUUCAACGAGACGUACCCCGGACCUGCAUCUCAGAAGCGCUACACUCCCGGCUGGUGGCCAGUGCCCGACACGACCUCCUCGUGCUCUCACGGCAACGGCGUCCUGGCGUCGGUCAAGGAUACGUGGAAGAACCUCCCGGGCCCUGCGUACAACUACAGUGAUGCUUUCCCGUACGACCAGCGGACCAACCUCAACACGGCCGCACCGGCAAUCAAGGGCUCCAUGUCUGUAGUGGGGCCUGUGGCAGAGGGCUCCAGUGGAAGCAGCUCCGGUCAAAAGAAGAACGGCGGUGCGUCUUCUGCAGUCGGCCGCACGACCGUCUGCCUGGGUGCUUCGGCGCUUCUGUUGACCUUGAUCUUCUAA